AUGCCGAUAUCAACGAAUUUCAAGCUGCCCAGCUCGGUGAACGCCUUGGAUCUGCCCACCGAGACAAACGCGGCAGUCUUCAUUGCUUUCCUGGCUUCUACCGACCCGACAACAGGCAGACCGUGGUGUCCCGACGUGGUGGCCGCAUUGCCGCAUCUUCGAGCUGCGUUUUCCGACAGUACAGGGCCGGAGGUGGCUUUUGUCGAAGUUGGACUACGGCCGGAGUGGAGAGAUCCCUCUAAUAUCUACCGAACCAAGUGGAAUGUGAACAGCGUCCCGACUUUGGCGCGCUACGAACGAAUCUCUGGCAAGCCACAGGAGGUUGCUCGCUUAGUUGAAGGGGAAAUUCUUGACUUGAAGCGGCUCGACAAGUUUAUUCGUGGGUCGAUUUGA